AAUUAACUCUGCUGACCAGACUUAUCAGAUGAACCUUUGGUAGCUCAUAUCACAGCUGUUUUGCAUUGUGUUGUGUUGAGAGGUUUGUACCUGUGUCAGUGGUGUGGCAGUUUGGGAUGACAGUGGGAGCUGAUCAGCUGGUUGGUUGGACCAUGUGAUGGGCUUGGCAUGGUUCAUGGGAUGUAAAAUGAAAAACUGUGGUGUUCCCUUAACUUUUCAUCUGGUGCUAUCAUCAGGUCAAAAUCUCCUCCACUAUGUUGUACGAUAGUAGUCGUCCAGUACUUUGGAUUUCAAUAAAAUACCUUCAGAACUAACGACAUUCCCAUCAUCCUCAGCUGUACUGUGUGUGAAGUGCUAAUUACCAAAUGCUAACCAGUUAACACACUAAACUAAGAAGCUGCAUGUGGUGAAGUGCUCAUUAUCUAAACGUUAAUAUUGUCAUUGUCAACAUUUUGUUGAGGGAACAAGGACAAGAAGAAAUGUGAUGGACAGCUAGUGAGUGGAUCCUACUCCUACUUCCUGAGAUCAGGCAUGACAUUCCAUGACAGUGUGCAGGUGUAGCUAAUAAACUGACCACACAGUGUGCUGUCAACAGCAUAGAUGCUGGGACUGGCAGGUAAGCUGUCAUUUCAUUGGAUGGGUCACAACAUGCUAACCGUGUUUACACAUACCUGGUCAAACCUAAAAAUAUGAAUAGAGGAUAAUAAGUUCAUAGAUGAGCAGUCGGGUAUCAUCAUCUUGUUUGACCUGAAAAUGUAAAAGUAGUCAGCACUGACCCAAAAUCAGAUUAGUGAACUAACCAGGUUAAGUCAGUGUCCAUGUAAAUCAUGUAAAUGUGCCACUGACAAAGAGAACAACCCACACUCUGUCCUUCUGCUCCCUCCUCUGUCCACAGUUAACUACAGAACACAUGUCCUUUGUGUGUGUGUGUGUGUGUGUGCGCGUGCCCACAGUGGAUAGUCCUGCCAUCCCCACCUGUUGGACAACGUGCCCAUUCUUAUCAAGCCCCCACUUACUUCCUCCAGUUCUUUCUUUCUCCUCUUUUUCUCUCCCCCUUUUCUCUGUAAGACACUUCCUGUUCCUGUUCACAAUCAGCAUCUCUCAUCACUAUGGUGAAGAAAUCUCCCAGCUCUCUGUCUCCCUCUCUUCCAUGUCUGAGACAGGCUUACUAUGUCUCCCCCUCUCUGUAGAGGUCAUUCUGUCACCCGGUGAGGGUGAGAGGGGGAGGAGGGUGAGGUGGGAACUGAUGACUCAGAGAGAGAGGGAGACGGAUGUACUGGAGGAUGAGACAGAUAAAGGAUGAGUCACAGCGUAGACAGUGUGUGAGAGAGAGAGAGAGAGAGAAUAAACAGAGACAGAGAGGUGGACUGUGCUGGUCUUUAGACCGAGGAGGGACAGGGAGGGAAGCGUUUGAGCUGACAUGGAGGCCAUGGUUUGUCCAAUGGGUGGCAGCAGCAGCAGCAGCAGCAGCAGCAGCAGCAGCAGCAGCAGGUUGUUUGGUACCUUGUCCCAGUCACUGAACAGCUCCCCCCUGGCCCAGCCGGACCUGUACGCAGAGGAGAGCCCAGACCAGGACCUGGCCGAGGUAGACCCGGACCAGCUGCUCAGAGAGUGUGAGGAUGUCCUGCAGAGGCGACCGGCCCGGCCGCACCGGGAUCUGGUCUAUCCCAGCGGCACGGCACCCUGCCACCACAAGCACAACCCAUCCAUACGGAUCAUGCAGUGGAACAUACUGGCACAAGCUCUGGGUGAAGGUAAAGACGGGUUUAUCCGCUGUCCACUGGAAGCUCUCAACUGGCAGGAAAGGAAGUACUUGAUCUUGGAGGAGAUCCUCACCUACCGACCCGACAUCCUGUGUCUACAGGAAGUGGACCACUACUAUGACACUUUCCAGCCAAUCAUGGCCAGCCUGGGUUACCAUGGCAGCUUCCUGGCAAAACCCUGGUCUCCUUGUCUGGAUGUAGAGCAGAAUAACGGUCCUGACGGCUGCGCUCUGUUUUUUCGCCGCUCACGCUUCUCCCUCCAGGCCACGGCUCACCUGCGGCUGUCGGCCAUGAUGCUGCCCACCAACCAGGUAGCCAUUGUUCAGACACUACACUGCCGAGUAACCGGGCAGCGGCUGUGCGUGGCCGUCACCCACCUGAAAGCUCGCAGUGGGUGGGAGAGGCUGCGGAGCGCGCAGGGCGCCGACCUCCUGCAGAGUUUACGCAGCAUCACAUCCAGGGGCGGCGGCCAGAGCGAGGCGCCGUCAGCCGUCCUCCCUUUAGUCGUAUGUGGGGACUUUAACGCAGAACCCUCAGAGGACGUUUACAGGCGCUUCAGCUCCUCCCCCCUCGGCCUGGACUCUGCGUACAAGCUGCUGAGCUCUGACAGACAGACGGAGCCAGCCUAUACCACAUGGAAGAUCCGCCCCUCUGGGGAGAGCUGCAGCACGCUGGACUAUAUCUGGUACACCCAUGAUGCUUUGAGUGUGGACUGCCUGCUGGACAUUCCCACUGAGGAGCAGAUCGGCCCAGGCCGCCUCCCCUCCUACCACUACCCCUCUGACCAUUUAUCACUGCUCUGUGACGUCAGCUUCAGGGAUGAACCCCAUAGGCUGAUGUAGGUUUCCAGGACCAACAAGACUGAGAGGAGACUGUUCAUCCACAAUCAAUAAUGAUUUCAUAGUGUAAGUCUGAGUGAAGAGUGUUUCGAAUCUUGGAGUGGAGUCAUGGUGAAGCAAGUGAAACCUGAUCUGAGUGUGAAUAAUCUGCUGCCAUGAAGCUCACACACAAACCCAUGUAAGCAUGUGUCACUUUCUGUUCUCUUGCUAUUAUUUUAAAGAUAAUCAUGAUUAGAGGUUAACCAGACAGUCUCGACAAGUUGGAGUUUGAGUCACAGCAGAGCAAGUCGAGUCUCUAGAGUUUCUGAGCCCUCGAACAAAAUGUUGUGUUCCUUUAACUGAACUUCAACUGACACAGCAGGAGUUCACCUGCUGAAGUCUGAACACUGGACUGCAGUUAUUUAUUGUUUGCUACAUGCACAUAAGACAAAUGUAUAACUUGAUUUUAUUAAAUUAUUCUUUUUAUUCUCUAUCAGUUAGUUUUACUCUAAUAAGCAGAUAUUCUAGUAGUUACUUUAAAUUAUUUUCUACUUAAGUAACCCUCAGUUCUUCAGUUUGACACUGGUGAUCAGGAUCAUGGUGAUCAUGAGGAGAAAUCUUCUAUGUAAAAUAUAAAUAAAGACAUUUUUACUCAUA